UCCUUCCCUCCACUUUCUUAAUCUGGUUUCUUCCCCUUUCCUUUCCAACCCUGAUUGAAGGGUCUCCGCCGGAAACGCCGAUCGUUUACUCCUUUUCAUAGUUGCCGCCUGUCCUGCGGAGUCUCUCCAGCAUUUUGUGUGUGCUACACGGUUCGUUACGGGUCAUUUAUGAUUUUAUCCACUCGCGCUCACUCAUUUGGAAGGAUAACAAACAUUGUAUACAACGAACCCGAAGUUCCUCAGAAUGGCGUACGAUUAAGUUUGGAAAUCACACUUUUGGAAAUCCCCCUUCCUGAAAGGAAAGCGAUUGUUCCCGCUCGAUACAGUGCAAGAUGAGGCGGUGUAUCUUUCAAUAUUUGCCCCGUCAAUAUGAUUGACACCGAUUUUUCUGUAGCGGCGGGGGUGGGGAGGGUGUCGCUGGCGACAUCUCACUCAUUUGGAAUGAUAAGCGAAGCGGGGCGGAGCUGUUGCUUGUUUGGUCGCAGGAAGGGCUGAGGAUAGCAUGAGGUAAGGGCAGCCGCUCGCUCGUUUUCCUAGGGUCGGCGUCGAGGGAGAGGUUAUAGGGGAGGAGGGAAUCUACUCGAACUUCUCACCGUCAUGUUUCCGUAGAGGAGAGGCGCAGGCUCCAUCCGCCAACAUUGCCGAGCUCAGCGAUGGACAACUCGAUAACUCUAUGGCAAUUCCUACGGCAGCUUCUGGAUGAGAACAAAAAUGAUCUCAUCUGCUGGACAUCCAAGGAUGGGGAGUUCAAGUUACGGAAUGCGGAAGAGGUAGCACGGCUAUGGGGAAUGCGCAAGAAUAAAACCAACAUGAACUAUGACAAGUUGAGCCGAGCUCUUAGGUAUUACUACGACAAGAAUAUCAUCAAGAAAGUAAAUGGGCAGAAGUUUGUGUAUAAGUUUGUGUCGCUGCCAGACAGCCUGGCAAUGGAGUCGGACAAGUACGAUGGUGGUGAGAGUGAGUGGCCGAUCGGCAGGGCUGGGGAGAAAGGCCUUUCAUUGCCCAGGCAACUGAAGGCCAGCACUAGAGUCUCAUCAAGAAAUGAGUAUAUGCGCUCAGGGCUCUAUUCCACGUUCACCAUCCAGUCUCUGCAAAGCACCAACCACCGCCCCAGGGAAGCCAGCAACCUUCUGAAAAACAUGGAGGUGCCAGAGCAGGAGAGCAAAGCCCAGGUGCUGGAGAGCCUUGCUGAGGAGCUGGAGCUCAAGCAGCAGAAAGAAGAGGAACCACAUUCUCAGGCCUACAGUGACUCUUCAAUGGAAACCUUGAGUGAUAUUUCCCACCAAGGAGACCUCAAAGUGAAGAUGGAGGUGACAGAUAAUUUGGAUUGUAUCAUCUUGGAUGCCAUACCGGCUGCUGAAGAGUUAACUCAGGCUCCGAGUCCCAGCAAGAAACAGUCAGGAAGCAACAGUAACCUUCAGCCACCAAAACCCAAGAAGCCAAAGGACCUGGAGCUCCCCACAACACUCCUCACAACCCAGAAUAGUCCUCCUCCAGAUAAAAGUAACCCUGGCCUUUUGAACACAGUGGUCCUCCCACCCUCUAGUUCGGUUACUCCAACGCUGAUCACGCAACACGUUCAGACUCCGAUAAUACUGACACCAAAUACCUUGCCAUCUGCCAUUCAUUUCUGGAGUACCCUCAGCCCCAUAGCUCCAAUGAGUCCUGCAAAGCUCUCGUUCCAGUUUCCCUCAGCCGGAAAUACCCAGAUCCACAUCCCCAUUGCCAGUAUGGAUGGACUAUCAACACCAGUGCUUUCUUCGCCGGCUCUCCAGAAACCUUAAGUGAUCUUGGCAUUACUCUGUUGAUGGAGCAGAAGACAGAAUUUGAUGUUGUGCAUAAAUCUCUUCAGGCUGGACUGUUGGAGAAGAUAUUUAGUGCCAUCAGCAAGGAAAAUUGUUGAAGCUUUGAGGUGGAGUGUGAGGGGAGGACCAAACUCAAUCCAGACUCCGUUGCUCGUACAGUGUGCCUGAACCCUUGAAUUGCUGCUUCAAAGCAAGUUAAUUACCUCACUCACAGUAGUUCCAUCUUGAGGCAGGAAGUUGUGGGUUCAAGUCCCACUCCAGCAACCAGAGGGACAAUAAAACCUCGUCACUGCAGGGCAGUGCAGAGGGAGUGCAGCACUGUUCAAGGUGCUGACCUCAGGGUUAGGUAUUGAUGUGAGCACCACUUACCCUCGAAGGGGGAAGAAGACCAGAGGCUCCUGUUGUCCUGAGCCCCUCAGUCAAUAUUAUCCGGGAUCUUCACUUAGUUGUUUUCUGAAAGUUUGACUUGCACAAAUUGGCCACCUCACUUCAUAGUAACAUGAGUGACUACUAAAAGUGCUUCUUUGAAUGUCAUGGAUUUUGCAAUAUUCUGGAAGGGAUGUGCGAGGUGCUAUUGAAAUGCAAAUCUUCCUCUCAGAAAUGAGUCAAAUAAGCUUUCAGGCUGGAAAUCAACAUCUGCCAGUUGUACAGGAGCUGGCCUUUUGAGGUGAACCUGAACCAUCUGAUCAGUAUGGCACCCAAGGAAACUCGUGAGCAUUUUGUUGGAAUGUCAGUUAUUAAAUAAGUUAGUGAUAAUCAAAAUCAGAAUUGUUUAAUAUCACUGACCUAUGUCAUGAAAUUUGUUAUUUUGCAGCAGUAGUACUGUGCAAUUCAUUAAAAAUACUACAAAUUACAAAAAGAAUAAUAUAUUAAAAGAUUAAAUUAAAUAUGUAGUGGAAAAAGAGAGCAAGAAGAGUGCAGUAGUGUUCAUGGAUUGGUAAUGGACCAUUCAGAAAUCUGAUGGUGGGGGGAAGAAGCUAUUCCUAAAAUGUUGAGUGUGUUUAUUCAGGCUUGUGUCUCUCCUCCCGGAUGGUAGUAAUAAGAAGAGGGCAUGUCUUGGGUGAUGGGGACCAUGAUGAAACUAUUGGAAUUUUGUGAAAAAACAAUCAUGACAUGC